AUGAACUUCCAGAGCGUGAAUCUCAUAAACGUCCGGCUGAACAUGGUUUCCGGCAACUUGCUACCAAUAACCAGCGACAACAGGUUUUCGCUAUUUUGGCGGAUGUACAGCAUGCUCGUGUGGCUUCUUCAGCUGACAGAGAAGAUCUUUAUGGACGCCAUGAUCUCCAUCGUGUUCAUCACGGAGGUGAUUUUCUUGAACAUGCAGAUUCUGCGGCACAACAAGCUGAUGCGGCGGUUCAUCCUCCAGCUGGAAAACAUCCUCGACGCCGGGGACGAGGUGAUGAGGAACAUGGUGACGAUGACUAUGAAGCCGAUUAUGAUCUUGUUGAACAUCUAUUGGAUGAUCGGCCUGGUGUCCGUAAUCAUAUGGUACAUCAUACCGUUCACCUUGCUGUCCAAAAGGAGCUCCUUCUAA